AGCAGUUCACCGUGCUGUGGAUCCUGUUCGCCAGCAUCGUGCUGGGCAACGCCGCCGUGCUCGUCGCGCUGCUCGUCAACAAGGCGCGCAAGUCGCGCAUGAACUUCUUUAUCAUGCACCUCGCGCUCGCCGACCUCUCCGUGGGCGUCAUCAGCGUCUUGACUGACAUUGUGUGGAGGAUGACCGUCUCGUGGAAUGCUGGCAACGCUGCCUGCAAAAUCAUUCGGUUCCUGCAGGUGGUGGUGACGUACUCCUCCACAUACGUGUUGGUGGCCCUCAGCAUAGAUCGCUACGACGCCAUCACACAUCCGAUGAACUUCUCUGGCAGCUGGCGCAGAGCCAGACUCCUUGUGCUGUCUGCGUGGCUGUUGUCUUUUCUCUUUUCUGUGCCCAUCAUCAUCUUCUACGAGGAGAAGACAAUCCAAGGCCACCCUCAGUGCUGGAUCGACUUCCAGGAGCGCUGGCAGUGGCGGCUGUACAUGACGCUGGUGACCACCACGCUGUUCGUGCUGCCCGCGCUCAUCAUCACCGCCUGCUACACCGUCAUCGUGCUCACCAUCUGGAGCAAGAGCAAAGUCCUCACGCCGCCCAGCCGCCUCAAGAAUGGGGACCACAGAUCUGGCGAUGAUCACGACUCCAGGCGUGCCAGCUCCAGGGGUCUCAUACCAAAGGCUAAAAUCAAGACUGUCAAGAUGACUUUCGUCAUCGUGUUCGUGUUCAUCCUGUGCUGGAGCCCGUACAUCGUGUUCGACCUGCUGCAAGUAUAUGACCACGUGCCGACGACGCAGACCAACAUCGCCGUGGCGUCCUUCAUCCAGAGCCUGGCGCCGCUCAACUCGGCCGCCAACCCGCUCAUCUACUGCCUCUUCUCCACGCACAUCUGCCGCAGUCUCAGGAGGAUGCCGCCGUUCUCGUGGCUGAGCUGCCUGCGGCAGCAGGCCCGCAGCACCACGAGCACCAACACGAGCAGCACGGCAGACACGCUGACCAGCUCUGCGCCCGCGCCGCGCCACCGCGCCGCCGGCUCGCUGCGCCAGCUCAACAGCGUGCACUUCUCGUCCGUGCUCUAGCUGCACGAGUACGGCGCCCAGCCGGCCACCGCCGGCGCUCCCCAGCACGCGAGGCGCUCCAUCAACAGGGUGCACUUCUGAGGGCGCCUACCUCGCCGCGAGCAGGCUUGGCACCUUUCGUGACGCCUCUGAGUAACUUCGCACACUGGGCAAUGAAUUUCGGGUCGCAAGAGCAGCGAACACGAGCUGGGUCACAGAUUUCACUCAUCUUUCACACUAUCGUAUACAGGGUGAACGUUAAUAAAGCUGACAAACUGCACGAACGAGUCCCAGACUGGAAGUAGAGGACAAAAGGACCCGUGAACGUUUACCCGGAAAUGCAUCAUUGCCAUGGUGGUGUGGCUGGGACCUCCCUUCGGGCAGACUGUUUAUCUGGUGCAAGUCUUUCGAGUUGACACCACUUCGGCGACUUGCGUGUCGAUGGGGAUGAUAUGAUGAUGAUAAGGACAGCAUAACACCCAGUCCCUGAGUGGAGAAAAUCUCAGACCCAGCCGGGAAUCGAACUCCGGCCGUUGGGUAUGACAUUCCGUCACGCUGACCACUCAGCUACCAGGGGCAGUUAGUCCUUGCCACGGUAAUUGCCGCUGACAAAUGAAAGUUCCUCUGACCACCUGCCAUUUGUUCCUUAUGUAGGCUGUGUGAACGAUUCAACAUGCUGUAAUCUGUUGAAUGUUGGUAACAAGCCGGGAGGGUGUUUGUAUGCCGCCAAGCAGAUGGAGACGGUCGAGAGGCACUCGACUAUACCCUCACAGACACCAACCACAUCAAAUAACAUUUCAAACCUUUUUUGGGCGUUUAUGUGGCCAUGAGUCCUUUCAGACAGACGAACGUGCAGGGAGGCGGUGGACUGUGCGUACACGAGGUUUAGAGGACUGGGUACCACAGGACAUUGAGACGAACCCUAGCACAAGCUUCAAAUCUGGUGUACGGGCAGUUCGCUUUCUCCCUGCUCGUUCAUCUGCCUGAAAUGCACAAAAGAUCCAAAAAAGGGUUUGAAAAGUUGUGUUAUGUGGUUGGUGUCUGUGAGGGUACUUGUAUUGGUUUAGCCCAUGCUGCCUCUCGACCGUGUCCACCUGCUGGACCGUACACAAACACCCUGUCGGCUUGUUCCCGACACGAAUACCAACCAUACUGCUGCCUACAGUACGCUACAUCAAUCAAACAGCCUGCAAUACAAGGAACACUCAGCAUAUGGUCAAGGGAACUUUCACCCAUCAGCACAUCUACCAUAGCAACAAUGCAUUUCUAGAUGCAUGUUCUUUGGAUCUUUUUUCCUCCAUUUCCAGUUAGUAAUCCAUUCCUGCAGUUUGUCGGUUUUACUAGAGCGCACCCUGUAAGUAAGUAAUGCUGAUCUAGUACACAAACGAAGAGGGUGUAGGUGUGUUCUGCCAGAGGAUGGUAGAUCAGGGUAUCAUAAGCUGUUCGAAGACAGUACAAUCCCUUUAUUACUACAAUAAUUCGAAUGAUAAACUCAAGCCCAAAUCUGGAGCAGCUGGAAGAUGGGCCUCGACACCCAGUCCACAGAGCAAAGUGUUGUAAUAGGUCAAUGCAGUCGGGACGUGGAGCGACCUUGAGUAGUCAACCUCCCUGGCGAGUGACCGAGCUACGUCAGGAUUGAUGUGGUACACUGACACAGCCCUACAACACGAAGUAAUAGAUGGAUCGCUGGCGACAACGCGCUGGCAGGUCCCUCAUUGGCUCUGUGGCUGGAAGACAUAGGGGGAGAGGUGGUGGUGGAGAGGGGUUACAUCCUCGGCCCAUCAGUGGGUGGCUGGACCCUCUGGCCUGCAGUUCUGUCAAGAGGAGAGUGGAGCAGCCUCAUGGCAGAAGCUGACAGUGUGAAAGGCGAUGCCCCGCCGAUUAGACGAUCUGCAAGGCCAGACGACCAGUAUUUAUACAUGUCAAACUGUCUUUACUAUGAUGUCACUCCGGCAAAUGUUAAAUAAGCUACUCGCCAAAGUGUCCCUCGUUACGAUCUUUUUCGGGGAACCAGCGUUCAGAAGGUGCUGUGGUAGUGUAUUGUUGCAACCGGCUCUCUUUACAGUGUCAAACCCUCUUGCUCAGGCCCAUGCGGAAUAGUUUUCGGGGUUCGGUCAUAGUUUGUUACUGCCCCCCCCCCCC